CCCGCGCUGGUGCUUCAGUGGAAGACGGCAGCCCACAGCGACUUGGUGCGGUUUCUCCAGCUGCGCGCAUGCGAGCUCAGUGACAACGGCGUGCUCUGCACCACGAUGGUGUCCAAGAUCCACAGCCCAACCGCCGAUAUCUUGCACAAGGCAUUUGGUGCCUGGAUCACUGACGCUGUCGCGAAUGGCUUGGUGUCACCUACAGCCAUGGAUGCUGCCGGUUUGCCGCUCUAUUUCCGCAGCCAAGAUGAAGUGCAUGUGGCGACCGCAGACGUGCCCGAGCUGGCGUUGACCGCGCUCGAGAUGAUCUCGCUGAAGAUGCCGUAUGAGAACGUGGCGGCAGUCAUCAACUUUUUCUCGGUCAUCAUGAAGUCUGCGCUCAUGGCGCACUUGACGGCCGACGAACGGGCCAACCCGGCUCUGCACGACGCGUUGGAAGCGAGCUUGCGCCGUCAUUUGGACGUCCCUGUCGAAGUGGACGGCGACCUGCAGCCACUCUACAAGAAUGUGACGAUUGAUUACAUGUCGUUGCCGCAACUAGUCUCGAUGCGAAAUGUGGCGUAUGCCUAGUGUUGAACAUGACAUGGGCAGGUCAGUUCACAUGCAGUACGCAGAUAGUGAAGGGCUCAGUCCAGAGCUUAUCUAGGAGUGAGAAGCACGAGGCUAGGUCUCCAAGUGUCCAGCCAUCAUCACCACAAAUAUCCGGAAGGCAGCUUCCGGAUUCCCAGCAUCUCGAAUAUUCGAGAAUAUUCCAUCAGCCGACCCUUGGAGGUUGUCUUAUUGUACAUGGCUAGUAUCAACUAACCGAUGCACACCUUAACACACCUAAUGAUACCAGUCGUUCCA